UUGCAUGCUGAUACUGCAAUUAUAACGAGUGUUAAUUAUGUGUUUGAGGGUUUUAGCCCAUACUCGAUGGUACGCUUCUUUGAGUUUAAUGAUAAAGGUUGGAAUAUUAGUGAAAAGUGUUUAAAAGAUACUUAUAAUUAUUUAGAAGGUUUACGAAAGGGAUCCAUAUGGGCAAUAAAACUUUACGAUGCAACCAGCUACUACGGAGGUGGGGCUUACGGUGGAAAUAUGUUUAGAAUUUAUAAUCCUGAAUUGUGCCGCAACUUACAAUCGGAAUACAUGGAUAUGGUUGGAAAGCAUUGGAAUGUGCGAUUUAAUACAACGGUAGUUCCGUUCUCAGUUGUUAUUAUCGUUGCAACUUAUACUAUCGAAAUGAUGAAUUCAAAUUUCUACCAGAGUAUAGAAAUUCAACAAAUGGUUUGCCUUCCAAAAUCAUGUAAGGAUCCGGAUUUAUUGCAAUUGCUAGACGUUUUUAUGUUCCAAAGUAAUCAAAUUGUAAAAAAUAUAUCAUUCAUCAAACAUCGUAUUGUCAAGGAAGACUUUUAUAUACUUCAAGAUGCAGGUUUCUUAACUAUAAUAAUCGUAAUUGGAUUAUCUUUAGUAACUUUUCUAAUUUCACACUUCUCAAAAUGUUGGCCAAUGUGGGAUAAAUCUGAAGAAAGUAUUUCCGAAUCUAAUAACUUCAAUAUUAAUUUAAAAACUUUAGAAGAAUACGAAAAACUACGCAAAAAUAUCAACUUGAAUGUCCAUCAAUUUGAUGAUCGUGGACGUAUCAAUCGAGCGACGUUUACCCAAAAGCCAACAGUUCAAAAUCCCAUUGUCGCCACCAACAUAGAAACAAACAGACAUAUCAACGAAACAGAUAAAAUUAACUUUAUACAAAUUCUUAACAAAGCAAUAUCUUUUCGAAAUAUUGCCUUUGAACUUUUGAAAAGAGAAAAUGAUUCACAACAAUCUAUGAGGGGGGUUAUGGCAAUACUUACUAUUGUAUUAAUUUAUAUUAAUACUUGUAGUGAGAUAAACUUCAUUUCCAACAACCGAAACGAUUUUUUGGGAGAUACCACAAGUUUUCAGACGUUUAUUCAAAAUCACGCAACUUAUUUAUUUGAUGUUUACUUUUUUAUAAGUGGUUCAUUUUUGACUUAUGAGUUUUUUAAAAAAAUACCUCAUGGAAGUUGGAAUGUUUUCGAGCAGCUUGUUCAUUUAAUGACUAUGUUUGCAGACAAAUUUUUAAGUGGUUCUGUGUCGUACGCAAUUGUUUUGAUUGCUCUUGAAGUAACAUCGAAGUAUUUUCACUUUAAUACAGUAUUAGAAGUUCCUUCAUAUGAUUUCCAAGCAUGCGAAACAAACAAAUGGAAAAACAUUUUGUACCUAGAUACUUUUCUUCCUUUAGAGCAAAGGUGUAUGCCUUGGACAUGGUUUAUUUCAGUUCAAGUACAUUUUUUCGUUGCUGGGUGUUUGGUUCUACUUUUGGCGCGGAUUCAUCCUAAAUAUGCAGUCAUAAUAUGUUCAGUGCUGUUUUUAACAUCUCUUGCUGCGUCUACAUAUUUGGAAAUUAAGCAAUACUCAAAACCCUACAGUAUAAAAACACUAAAGAAAGAUGAUUUGAUAACGUUCAAUUUAAUCUAUGAUCAAGUUUCACUGAGAAUUCCAUUAUACAUUCUUGGAAUGUGUUUGGGAUAUAUUCUUCACAAAACAAACGGAAAAAUUCGAAUAAAUGUAAUUAUUUUUAUUUUUGGUUGGAUAGCAUGUCUACUUAUAAUAUCUUUCUUCCUAUUUGGAUAUCAGUUCAUUCUAUUCCGAUCUACUCCCGUGGCAAGGGCAUGCUUAAUAAUUUCGGGUCACAUCAUGUGGAUAAUGAUUAUAUUUUGGAUUAUUAUAGCAAGCACUACACAAUAUGGAGCAUUUCUCCGAAAACUAUUUUCACAUCAUUUUAUUAACGUAAUUGGAAAACUAUCGAAUACACCGCUUAUAGUUGCACCAUUUGUAAUAAGGACAUUUGUGUUAGCUGGUGAAAUUCCUUUCAAUGCAAACAAGGGAAUAAUGUUUACUAUGUUUAUUGGAUUUAGUAUCAUCACUUAUCUGUGUUCAUUGGUUUUAUUUAUUCUGUUAGACAGCCGUAUAAAAGAAAUAUGGAGUGUUUUAAGUAUGAGAUACUUAUGAUCAAUUAUAAAUGUAGGUAAGAAGUUAGACACAAAGUACCAACAAAUAAAUUAUUUGUGUAUUACAAUAUAAAAUGAUUUUAUGAAGUUACACAAGUUACAUUAUUAUUAUAUGUUUUAACGAUGAAUUACUGAACUACUUUUGGAAAAUAAAUGCACCACCUAAAACUUUUAAUAAGAAGACAUCCCUGGUUGUGCGGGAUCCUAAAAGUGUUAAAUAAUAUCCUGUCUGUGUUGAAGAGAAUUGUUCUUUUAAAAGAAAAUUUGUUUAAAGCAAAGACGAUAACCUUAUUUAAUUUCAUUUCAUUUAAUUUAUUUCAUUCAUCUUUUAUAGUAGAAUUAAGUCUAUAGAAGCAAAAGUUACAUUUAUUAUAUACUAUAGUUACACUAUAACAAGCUUAUCCAAAUUUAGAUUUAAAUUGUUUCAACUAAGAGCAUUAUAUAAAAAAAACU